GAUUAUAGAUGAUGAGGACAAGAGAAAAAAGGUUGAGACGGUUAGUCACGGAAGUUUUGGUGUUGGACGACAAGACCAGGACAGUCGGAGAGGGGAACAAUUAAAGAGGGUCGAUGACAAGCGAAAGAUUGACCAAAGACAUAAUACUAUUGGGUGUGGCGCAAAGGAAAAGAAACGAAGGACAGGCGUUAUACAAUGCGAAGGACAAGAGAAGGACACCCCUCCAUGGGCAGAGGAUGAGGCAAAAAGAUGAAGAGAAGGAAAGAGGUAGAGUGAGAGAAAGAGAAGAAGAGGAAGAGGAAGAGGAAGAGGAAGAGGAAGGGAAGAGAGUGCGAAAGUGAUGGGAGAAGAGGAGGACGAAGGACGAAGCCGGGAAGGUUGGGUGACAACUGCAGCCAGCAGUUGAAGGUGGAGAGGGGGAGGGGACGAGG